AGCUUCAUCCCAGCGGCCGGGCUCCGCCCCCAGCAUGCAUUGCGACAACCAACAUGGCGGCGCCCGGUGACAGACAGCGUGCCGGUCCCAUGGCUGGUUUCCCGAUGCCUGUGCUCGGAGGAAAGGCGGAGGAGAACGGACAGGGCACGGAAGGGAAGAAGCCGUGCCGGGCGUGUGUGGACUUCCGGAGCUGGAUGAAGAAUCAGAGGAAGCAGAGCACCACCCCCCAGGAAGCCGACAUUGAGAAGGAACGACCCCCAGAGUGUCCGCUAGACCGGGAGGAUCUCGGCCGGAGUACCUGGUCUUUCUUGCAUACAAUGGCUGCCUAUUACCCAGAUAGUCCCAGCACUAAGCAGCAAGAAGAAAUGAAAAGCUUCAUUAACAUAUUUUCCAAAUUCUAUCCCUGUGAGGAAUGUGCAGAUGAUCUAAGAGAGAGGCUAACUAUCACUCAGCCUGACACAAGCAGCAGACACAACCUGUCCCAGUGGAUGUGUAUACUUCAUAAUGAUGUCAACAGGAAGCUGGGCAAGGUGGAAUUUGACUGUUCCAAGGUGGACGAGAGGUGGCGGGACGGCUGGAAGGACGGAUCCUGCGAUUGAUUGGACAUUUCUUAGUUGGGUCUUUAGAACAGUUGAUACCUUUUCCGCAGAUACCAGUACAUAGCCAUAACUUAUGUUUGCUUUAUGUCUUCAGUUGUGACCUUUCUGCAGAAUGUAGCUUUUGCCAACA